ACAUUCAUUUGAACAAAGGAAGCGUCUAUGGCAGCAGCAAAGGCAAGUGGUUGAAGCCGCAAGAAGCUUCCUAAAGCUCCUUAAGUGUCUUCCACCAAUGCAACGCCUACAAAAACCCCCUCUCCUUCCUUUCUCUUUUCACCAUCCUGUCUCCUUCAAUUCUCCCAUUCUUAUUCUUCUAUAAACCCUAAAAGCUUCUCUAAAUCCCUAAUCCUCUGUUUCAGCCAUGUGUGGUGGUGCCAUUAUCGCCGACUUAAUCCCUCGUCGUGACGGUCAACGCGUCUCCGCUUCCGACAUUUGGCCAAACUCCACCUUCUUCCAUUUCAACAAACUUCCUUCCAAUUACGAUCGCGAUUCAACUCCCCUCAAGCGCCCCCUCCCUUCUUCCGAUCAGGCUUCUUCUUGGAGAGAUGAAAAGCCGAAGAAGAGACAGAGGAAGAAUCUGUACAGAGGAAUUCGUCAGCGCCCAUGGGGAAAAUGGGCGGCUGAGAUUCGUGAUCCCCGGAAGGGGAUCCGUGUCUGGCUUGGAACCUUUAAUACGGCUGAGGAAGCCGCUCGAGCUUACGAUCGAGAAGCUCGGAAGAUCCGUGGAAAGAAAGCCAAGGUUAAUUUCCCUAACGAAGACGACGAGUAUUCCAUUCAAGCUUCUCGCUGUAAUCUCCAGAAUGUCAAUCCUCAAUUUCACCCUCAGUUCAGGGCUAAUCUCUACACUGUUCCUGAAAAUUCCGAGUAUGGUGAAUUCCCCUACGAUCUCAACCAAAUCGGUGAUUUCACCGCCAGCCAGAUCCCCGCGGCGAUUGAGGAACAAUGCGGCUCUGGAUCGGAGAAUUCCUAUUCUCCGCCGGAUUUCGGUGUGAAAGAGGUCGAGGAGAAGCCAGAGCAGAAGGUCCCCGUUGUUGCUGCAGCUGAGGAAGACAACGAGGUGCAGAAGCUUUCCGAGGAGUUAAUGGCGUACGAGAACUUCAUGAAAUUCUACCAGAUUCCGUACCUCGACGGCCAGUCGACGGUGACGAAUCCGGCGGAAGAACAGGUGGUGGGCGAUCUCUGGAGCUUCGACGACGACGACGGUCUUCACGGCUCUGUCUCGUCGUCUGAUUUGUGAUGAUCUAAUAACAUUCUCUAAAAUUCUGGACACCAUUUAUCCAUCUCGAACUGGUUUCCCACAGUUUCUUCCAUUUGAAAUUGUCGUUUCUUGUUUAAUUUAAGAUUCUGUUUUGUGUAAUUUUCAAUUCUCGAAGGAUGUCAAUUUGUUAAUAUGAAAUUGUUGUUGUAUUUUGUUUCUUAAUUAUUUCAGGCUCUCUCUGUAUAGAACAAAUCAAAGAGAUGUAACAAUCCAGCCAAAUAUUCACAUUCA